AUCCACAGUUAACAGCGCAGCAUGCGUUAACAGGGAUGUGAUGUCAUGUGCUGAAAGCGUCUGGGACUAUCAGAAAUAGAAACCGGGAUGACCACAGGAGGACAGGCCCAAUGUGCGUGGUCUGAAGAGUUUGUUGGAGAAGCAGCAAUCUACUUGCUUACGUAUGCCUGCUGAAAACUGAGGACUGCUACCAGCAAACCACAGAGCAACGCUUGUGCAGAAGUACGCGGCCAGCCAGGAAGCACCUGCUUGAGCAGAUGGCACCCACUGAAUGGGGGAGAGAGGCAGCAGAGCCCCGAAACCCCCGGGAACGCAGCGGCCGGGGCAGAACGGCCGGCUGGGCAAGAAACGCUUGGCAGUUGAAGCUGUACGAUGUGGAGUAUCCCAACCCAAGCACCUGAUGGUGCCUUAUCAUAAAUGCUAUCGAAGAGGUGGUUAUGUUCUACGGGAACCAACCUAACCACCUGCUUGUUAGGUUUUCUGCUAGACCUUCACCUGCGGGUGCUCUCUUAGCUGUUUGGGUUAAAGAACUGGUUCUUGACAACUGUAGGUCAUACGAAGGCAAAAUCGAAGGCCUCACAGAUGAGUUUGAAGAGCUGGAAUUCUUAAGUACAAUCAACGUAGGCUUAACCUCAGUUGCAAACUUACCAAAGUUAAACAAACUUAAGAAGCUCGAGCUAAGCGACAACAGAAUCUCAGGAGGACUGGAAGUGUUGGCAGAAAAGUGUCCGAACCUCACGCAUCUAAAUCUAAGCGGCAACAAAAUAAAAGACCUCGGUACAAUAGAACCGCUGAAAAAGUUAGAAAACCUGAAGAGUCUAGAUCUUUUCAAUUGCGAGGUAACCAACUUGAACGAUUAUAGAGAAAACGUAUUCAAGCUCCUCCCGCAACUCACAUACCUCGAUGGCUACGAUCGGGACGACAAAGAAGCACCGGACUCUGAUGCAGAGGGCUACGUGGAGGGCUUAGACGACGAGGAGGAGGAUGAAGAUGUCUUAUCUCUAGUGAAAGAUCGGGAUGACAAAGAAGCACCGGACUCUGAUGCAGAGGGCUACGUGGAGGGCUUAGACGACGAGGAGGAAGAUGAAGAUGAAGAAGAGUAUGAUGAUGAUGCUCAGGUAGUAGAAGACGAAGAAGAUGAGGAGGAGGAGGAGGAAGGAGAAGAGGAGGAUGUGAGCGGAGAAGAGGAGGAGGAUGAAGAAGGCUACAACGACGGUGAGGUAGAUGACGAUGAAGAUGAAGAAGAGCCCGAUGAAGAACGGGGACAGAAGAGAAAACGAGAACCUGAAGACGAAGGGGAUGAAGACGACUAAACUGAAAAACCUAUUUUGAAAAUUUCCUAUUGUGAUUUGACUGUUUUUACCCUGUAUUUCCCCUCCCCACACCCCAACCUUUUUUUUUUCUUUUUUCUUUUUUUUUUUUUUUCUGAUUGUAAUGUUGCUGUGGGAACGAGAGGGAGAAGCAGACUGGGUGGGCAAGGGAAUAAAAUACUAUUUUUACUGCCACUCCUCCUCCUAUUCAUUUUAAAUUUUUUCUUUUUGUCCCUCUCUUAGUCCCUGUAACUGCAAUAGUAAGUAUAAACCAAGUGGUAAUUUGUUUCUUAUUAUUGGAGUGGAUAGUUUGACAUCUUUAAAAAAAAAAAAAAUACAAAAAAGUUUAAGAUCAGUGGAUGAUACCCCAAAUACACAUAUUCUGUUCUGAGACAGCUGAAUAGCGUUGGUUGUUGGGAUUUUUCCACCGCUGCCAGUCACUAAAUACCAUGGUAAGCAUUUUUUUGGGGGAUGCUGCAAAUUUAGGCAAAGCAUCCCUCCACAGCAACAGGGGUGAGAAUGGCAUAUUGAUAAAGUGAUUUCUUUGUUGCCUGUCCGUGAAUGACUGCCAUUUUCAGCCAACGCUUUCCCUGCUUUUGUAGGUACCUUUUCUUUUGCUGUUUGUAAAUAGUGACCAAAUGUUUUUGUUGGGUUUUUUUUUGGGGUGUUCCUUUGGAUCUGGUUUGUGGGGUGAAUUUGCAAUCCCCCCCUUCCCUGCCCUGUGUGUUGUGUGUUUUCCUUUCUGUUUGUUUUUGGGGUUGGUUUGUUUUUGGUUUUUGUUUUUGUUUUUUUUGGCUAGGGUAUAGCCAAUACACUGAAAAUGGCAGGCAUUUAAAUAUAUAUAUAAAUAUAUAUAAAAAGUGUUCCUAAUUCCUGAGUUACUAGUGAAAUGAAUUUGACAAUUGUAAUAAAAAAAUGUUUCAACCCUUUUAAAUAAGGUGUGUACUAUUUUGGUCUGUAAUAUAUAACACCUAGUCAAUUUUAAGUGAUGAGAAACUACUUCCACUUGUGCUAUAUACUUUGAAAAUUUUUACAAACCUAAAUACAGGAGGCAGUUCAGCAUGUAGGGUAGGAGGUUUCUUUUCAUACACUCAAGCACGAGAUACUAAUACAAAAUUGUAUUUUCUUACCUAGUGGAAGUCAGUAAAAUGACUGAAAAUACCUAGUGAAUGUACAGUUUUACUUUCAUAUCCCUCUUUAAAAUAGCUUUAGAAGUGACUUGUAUUUCCUAGUCAAUAUUUCAUCUGUAUAAAUACAUUUGCAACAGUUUUUUUUUCCCAGAAGAGCCAAACUUUGAGUUUUAUGUCUGUUUGUCAUUGAUGAAUUUCAAUAAAUCUUUUUAUACAAUU